UAUAUAAAUUGAUUUACUGAAGAAAUUAUUAUCAGUUUUGUAAAAUCAUAGAACUGUAGAAGCAAAAAUGGCAAAGUUGCAAAUUUUUGUUUUCAUUGUGGCUUUAAGCCAAGUGUACGGUAGCAUCGAAAUUACCAACUUCCCUGCCCUCCUACCAAUUGAGGAUAUUGACGUGGUUGACCCCAAAGAUUUCCCCACUGUACCUGUUAUCGUAACCCCACCAUGCGUCGCAUCCAUCAGAGCUCUCCUUGAAGCCAUCCUCGAAAGAUUGCCAGAAAUUGAACAACCAAGACCUCUGCCCGUAGACCCAGUCGAGCCAGUAGUUCCAGAAGUAGAGGCCGAACCCGAAGAUAGUCCAGUCGUAGAAACUCCCUGCAGUGCCUGUUUCGAGCACAUCAACUCCCUGUUGACUAGCGCUGAGAAGGUUAUCGCUGUCAGGAGAAUGGCUCUAUCAUUGUAUCGUCGCCGUUAAGUUUAUUUGCCUUGACUUAUAAAUACAGUACCAAGUAAAUGUUUGUUUGUUUUUGCAUUUGACCCAACAGUGUUAGGUUAAGGACAAUAGUGAAAUAAAUAUACACCUUUAAA